AUGCCGGAUCCCUGGGACAGCAAGACUGUCAUCGGCCUUUUUUGCGACCCUUAUGUCGCCAACACUAACCUGGAAGGCGGUCACUCGGAGGAGACGCUAAGCGACGUCUCCGGGUGGCUCCGGGAUCUGAAAGGCAGCAACCCCAAGGCAGCAAAGGUCCUGCAAGAGGCCUCCCAUCUUUUUGAAGAGGGAGCGAGGCUUGGCAAUGAAGGUCGGGGUGCCUUUGGCUCCCCUGCCGGGGCUGCCUCCUGGUGCGUCGCCUUGCGCAAGGCUUUGGAGGCGCUGAAGCAGGGAGAUAUGCUUCUGGCACCUGGUGGCUGGAUCCACAACAAAGGCGGCCACGCCAUCCUUUACCUGUUCCAAAGGAUCCGCGGCAACGAGUUCGCUUUUGCAGUGUGCAAUACCGGAGAAGGAGUCAAUGACCAUCCACAGGACGCCGGGGCUGCCGUGUUUCCAAAGGAGAAGCACAUAACCUCGUGGCGGCUGACCGGGAUUCCCUCGGAACGAAUUCUGGAUGAGCUCUGGCUCCACUCCCUUUUCAAGAUUUAUUUCACCAAAGCAGACCACCACAAGCCGGCGAUGCUGUACGAAGUUCUGCUGCCGAUGCUGCUGCCCAACGGCGAUGUCCGCAAGCAAACUGACGAGUCGUGGCAGACCUCAGCCACUUUACAGCGAGCUGGCAGCUGCUACUACAAGUGCAUCCCGGCCGCCCUGCGACUGAUCCUGGGAACUCGUGGAAUCGAAGCGCCAGAAAGGAAGCGGCUGAUGUAUCAGCUGCGUGUCCAGCAGCUCCAAAGAAUCCAUGGAGCCUUGGGAAGUACAGACCUGGAGGGACUCUCACGGUCGGACUUGAUGGUCGUGGAGUUCGCUUGCCGGCAGGUCGCGCAGAAGGUGCUCCGGGAGGAGCGGGUGGGCCUCCCGGCCAAAGACAUGGAAGCAGUUCGCGAUCUGAUUGCAGCCGUGGACUCCAAGGUGGGCGAGGCGCACCAGGCGCAGCGCGAAGCCAUGGCUGCCCGGGCGGUGGGAAUCAGCGAGGGCGCGAAUCCCGCGAACGUCGGCUACGUGGGCUUUCCUGGCUGGGAAGCUUUGUCAAUCUCUUGGGCUGGGAAAGGCAACAACAACUACCGCGCGUAUUCCCACCUCAUGGGGGACAAAGACACCCAGCGACUGGGAGAGCAUGUGGACCUCGCGAGCCUUCGCCAGCUUAGCGGCAUUGAACUGCUCCGCACUGUUCGGACGAUGUGCGAUUGCUUGGAGCGAAAUGGCUUGGAGGAAACUUCCAAGCUGAGGAUCGGAGCGCUAAUUGAAGAUGUCUUCCUUUGCCAGUUCCAGCCAGACAACCAGGGCUGGAUGGACAUGGAAUUCGACUUGGCCCUACAGAAAGAGAUUCUGCAGAUCCUGUGGCAGCUUGCCCAGCACUACGUGUCGGCCGUGGCCUCCUCCACGACUGCCCCAAACCAGGUGGCCGCGCAGGUACUCACCAUGAGGUGCCUGCACGUCGCUUACGAGACGAUCUUGAGGAGAGCUGCCUCUGAUGGCAUGCUCCCCACGACCCAGGCGAUCUUGGCACCUGGCGGAGGGGACGAUGUGGAUGCCUAUAGGAACAUGUGGAGCUUCGGUGGCGACGCAGAUCUCAGGGGCCGCGGUGUGGCUUCUGCGACCGAAUGUUUGCCGCUGUCCACUCCGCACUUGGCGGAGGCCCGAGAUGCGCUUCAGCGGCAUCCCCUGGGCGGCGGCGCCAGUGGCGACUCCGCAUGGGACGUGUCUCUGUGCGCCUUGAAGUUCGACGCGCGCGCGUUGAACUCAACGCAGCAGCUCGUGACCGACCUGGUCAAGAAGGUGCUGAGAAUCCCGGGGAGCGAACUCCCGCCCGGUCACAGCGAGGACUGGCCUAAGUGGACGGUGCCUUUUGGUUGGGCGUUGAACGGCAGCGGCCCAAUCAGGCAGAAGGCUCCAGAGUUCUACUGGUGGCGCGACCUCGUGGUCUGGUGCAAGUACAUCUGCUUGGAUCCCAAAUGCAGGCAGUUCAAGGGCGUCUGGAACGCCAAAGACGCGCAGAUUCGCUGGUCCAUCGGCUACUGCCAGCCCUGCGAGAUCCUGAAGGCUCAGAUUGGGGCCUUCAACAUCAAGUUCGACAUGUUGAGCAAAGGCUUCGUGGCUGCCAGCGGUGCAGACCUCAACGCGGCAGGGCUCAAGGGCGCGAACAGCGAAGACGACGUGAUCCACGCCCCGACGCUUCCAGACUUCGGGAAGGCCUUCGCACAAGAAGAGGCUGAGCAUGUGUUGAGCAGCCUCACGGUGCCCUACCUCCGAGUGCCUUUGCUCCUCCACUUCCUGGCGGCCGAUCGCCUCCAUGCACUCAAGCAGACGUCUGUGCAGCAGCUUCUUUGGGCAGCGAUGUUAGAGCCGGCCACCUGGGUGGAUGACCGGAACCCGCCCCCCGUGGAGCAAGCUCCCGAGAGGGGCUCGAAGCUGGGCGCUGCAUUUGGCCUUCUUCACAACGAGGUGGAGAAGGGUCUCGGUGCGAUUGCACACCCAUUUUGCGCCUUGCUGGACCAGGCUGAGGAAUUGGCAAGUCUGGCGCCGCCUGAGGAGUUUGAUGGGCCGCCUGCAGACAUCCUUCUCUUCUUCGUGAGGCUGUGCAGCCGGUUCCUCGACCAGAUAUUCUACCAGAAAGAUUCAGACAAGUACCGGGACCCGGACUUGAACAUGUACCUGAAGUCUUUGGUGGUAGCAACAACCGUGCAGCACAGUGGAGUGGGGCUCUUCGUGAACCUUGUCGCUAGCGAUGCUUCCGUUCACGGAAACGUGCACAUGACAACCAUUCAGUUCCCUGUCCGCCCCAGGUGCUUUGAGAUUAUUCGCAUUGUUCAACGCCGUUUGCAACAUGAACAGUUCCAGCAGCUGCAGGCCGCAUACGAGCUCUUGAGUGACGAGGCUCGGUUGUGGCGGGGGAAAAGGGCCACAUCCUGGGCUAUUGACAUGAGCGGUGGCAGGGCGGCAGCCUUGUCUUUCAUGCAGUCGGCAGCAAGCGCAAAUGUGGAGGAGCAGGAGAUCUCAGACAGUCUCGCACAUGCUUCUGACGCGCUCCACCAGCUGGACCAGCAGAACGAGUGCUUGGUCCAGGACACUACGGUGAGUGUAUCAGCCUGCCGCGCACACUCGCGGAAGGAGGACCGAGAACGGUCCUCUGCCGAGCUACAAGAACUUCUGCAGGCCGAUGACACCCACGUCUUGGACGAGCAGCUUCAAGAAGCCGAGCAAUGUCGCUUGAAGCUCGAGGAGACCGUUGCAGCUCUGAGACACGAUGCCUUGCAACUCCAGGCUUCAGUGGCUUUGGACAGGGCCACGAAGGAGGUGCAAGACGAGCUCGCUUCCGCUGUAGAAUGCAAGGAAGCCACCACCCGCAGUCGAGACGAACUCUUGGUGGAGAUUCGCCGAUGGGGACAUAAAUUGCGGCCAGAGGACUCUGCUUCUCGUGGCUCGCGCCAUCCACCGUCAUCACCCGUUCAGAGGGCAGAGCAAAAUCUGAGCCUGGAGUUGCUGGAGUACGAAGUACAAGUUGCCGAAGAGGUGGGGGUUGUCUCUGUCGGACUGCAGGGUGGUGACAGAAGUCUCUGCGUCAAUUCGUGCGUGUUUAGCCGUCGACGGAGUGUAUCAGCGAGAAGCGCUACGCAUCGGCGUACGGAAGUGCUCGGUCAUCCAGAAUCUGUGCAGGACUCAGGAAAUCUUUCGUCAUUCCGACGUUGA